AAGAGAUGCUUGAAGCGACCACAAGAAAUUUGAAACGGACAAUUUUUGUAGGGGUGUGGUUGAAGUGUAUAUAGGUUGUAUUGAAUUGACUAAAAACUAUCAAAUUGCUUCGGUUUUUGUUUGAUUUAUAUUGGGCCAGAAAUAUGCAUACAUAAAUAUAAUAAUUUAUAAUUUAAUCAUUCUAGUGUAUAAAAGUCUUGGUUAAAAACGUGAAUUGAAUUAAUCAAUAAAAUUUUAUGCAAAUUAAUGGAGAAAACUACAUUGCCAAAUAUUUGCGUAGAUAAUAAUUUCAUUGAUCUAACAAAAUGAGUUAAUUAAAAAAAAUUAAAAAAAGCAAAUAAGUGAAUAAAACAUUGUUUCGUAAUUGGGAAAGAAUAAAAAGCAUUCAUUAUACCUGAUGUAAUUCUAUUAACGCGGAUAUGUAGGUCCCAGCUUUUGUCUAGCUGUAAAUGCAAAUUUUCUGGCUUAUGAAACAUGUCUCGGCUCGCUGAUUAUUUUGUUAUUGUCGGUUAUGAUAAUGAUAAAGAAAAGAUUCCAACGGAAAAUGCCCCUUUGAUGUGUGGGAAAAUUAUACAACGUUUUCCUGAAAAAGAUUGGACUGAUACACCUUUCAUCGAGGGUAUAGAAUGGUUUUGUCAACCGCUGGGAUGGAAUUUAUCGUAUGAAAAACAUGAGCCGAAAUUUUUUACUUCCGUCCUCACUGAUAUCGAUGCUAACAAACACUACUGUGCUUGUCUCAGUUUUUAUGAGACAAUGGCGAUUACACUCAAUAAAAAAGUAGUUGACGAGGAAGAUGAAACAUCGGUUGUCGCAAACGCGGUAACAUCUGCAAAAUAUCAAAAUGGAUCGCCUUUGGCCAUUUGCAAUAGCGUUGUAAAUGGAACGGGAAACGGUUUUAAUACUAACGGCAGUUCAAUGCCAUCAUCCCUAAUAUCCCAUCACACGGUUAUGUAUGCUCCAAAAUGUUUAGUUCUAAUAUCGCGUUUAGACUAUGCGGAAACGUUUAAGAAUUGUUUAGGUACUAUUUAUACAGUAUACAUUGAGAAUUUGCCAUACGCUUUGGAAACGUUAAUUGGUAAUAUAUUGGGAUGUAUACAAGUGCCGCCGCCUGGUGGACCUCAGGUACGCUUUUCAAUAGGAGCUGGUGACAAGCAAUCCUUACAACCGCCGCAAUCGCUAACCUUACCGAUAACAGGCACAGCAGUCUAUUUCAUAUUUAAACAAUUAGGCAUUAAAAAUGUCUUAAUUUUACUUUGUGCCGUAAUGACUGAGAAUAAAAUUCUUGUCCAUUCAAAGAGUUAUUUUCAUUUAACUGAAAGUUGUAAAGCCUUAGUGGCCCUUAUGUAUCCUUUCCGUUACACUCAUGUAUAUAUACCUAUUUUACCGGCUCCACUUACCGAAGUGCUAUCGACACCAACACCCUUCAUAAUGGGCAUUCAUAGUUCACUACAAUCGGAUAUAACUGAUUUGUUGGACGUUAUUGUUGUAGACUUGGAUGGUGGCCUAGUAACGAUACCGCCUUCUCUCACUCCUCCGGUACCUGUACUACCAUCACCAUUGUGGGAACAAACACAGGAGCUAUUGACAAUGAUUUUAUUUCCGAAUUUAUCGCAAGCUGAUUUGGCUUUUCCUACGCAGGAACGACCGACAAAUUAUCCAAAAACUGAUGCCAUCAUUGACAAAGAAUUGCGUGCAAUUUUUAUGCGUUUAUUUGCGCAACUAUUACAAGGUUAUCGUUCUUGCUUAACGCUUAUACGUAUACAUCCCAGACCAGUCAUAACUUUUCAUAAGGCGGGCUUUUUGGGUGCUCGUGACCUAAUUGAAAGUGAAUUUCUGUUUCGCGUACUGGAUAGCAUGUUCUUUACAUCAUUUGUUAACGAACGGGGGCCACCAUGGCGUCCGUCAGACGCUUGGGAUGAGCUAUAUAGUUCAAUGAACGAAUUGUUAAAAUCGGAAGGAAAUAAUAAAACUUUGUUGCAAAUCCACAUAAGUGAGCUGGGUAAAGUGCUUUAUGAAAAUGAAAUACCCAAUCAGCAAAUGUAUGUGCAGAAAGUGUUGCGUCCUCCUGAAGGCGCUUCACAUCGUAUACAUCAACCCGCCUUUCCCCGCAUUCAUAGCGAUAAAGUUGAACUAAUUAUCAACGACGGUAUGCGCAAAAAUUGCAUAACACAAAAAUUGUGUUCACAACGUAAUCAAAACCGCACCAUUCCCAUGGGUCCACGUCUCCCUGAGGUACUAGAUGUAAGACCAAAUCUUUUAAACUCUGCCAGACGUUUAGAAGUUUUACGAACCUGUGUCGCUUACAUUUUUGAAAACAAAAUAGCAGAUGCUCGUAAGCUAGUACCGGCCGUUACACGCACACUAAAACAUCGCGACGCUCGUCUUAUAUUAUGCCGUGAAUUAUUCGGGUAUGUUCAUGGCAAUAAAGCGGUAUUGGAUCAUCAACAAUUCGAUUUGGUUAUAAAAUUUAUGAACAAGACGUUACAAAACUCUACCGGAGUCGAUGAAUAUACUGUGGCAGCUGCUUUGUUGCCUAUGUCUAGUGUAUUUUGUCGUAAACUCUCUACGGGUAUAAUACAAUUUGCCUAUACUUGCAUACAAGACCAUCCGAUAUGGAAAAAUUUACAGUUUUGGGAAUCAACUUUUUAUCAGGAUGUGCAAACACAGAUCAAAGCUUUGUAUAUGCAACGUCGUAGACCUAAUGAUCAUAAUAAGGAAUCGAAUUGUGUCCUGGAUGAUGUUCCAUUGGAAGAACCCACCGCUCUAGAAAUAACUGCCGAACAAAUGCGUAAAUCUGUUACCAUAGAUGAAGAUAAAAAACGAGAGUUAGCCCAAUCGGAAGAGUCGACGCUUUAUAGUCAGGCAAUACACUACGCCAAUCGAAUGGUAUCUUUGCUUAUACCACCAGAUGUCAAUGUGCAUGGUGGUCAGAAACCUAAGCAAGCUUUUCGUUUGGAUGAUAAUCAAAGCGUGUCGAAUAGUAUAUUGGGUUCACAUAGCUUAAGCGACCACUCUGAUGAAGGCUUCGAAGAGAAUGAUGCUCUAGAAGUUGGCGUAGCUGUCGGUAAAAUUGUUUCACGUUUUAUCGAUCGGGUUUGUACCGAAGGUGGCGUAACCUCCGAACAUAUACGUAAUUUGCACGAUAUGGUACCUGGAGUGGUGCACAUGCAUAUUGAAUCUCUUGAGUCGGUUUAUCUCGAAUCCAAGCGUCAUCCCCACGUUCAAAAGCCGAAAAUCCAAACACCUUGCUUGCUCCCGGGUGAGGAGAUUGUAACCGAACAUUUGCGUUGCUUUUUAAUGCCUGACGGUCGCGAAGACGAUACGCAAUGUUUAAUACCAGCCGAAGGAGCUUUAUUUUUAACCAAUUAUCGUAUAGUCUUUAAGGGAAAUCCCUGCGACCCUUUGGCCUGUGAACAAACUAUAAUAAGAGCUUUCCCCAUAUCCUCCAUGCUGAAGGAGAAAAAAAUUUCAGUUUUAUAUUUAGUUCAUUUAGAUCAAACCUUGCCCGAGGGCUUACAACUACGUUCCAGUACAUUUCAACUAAUGAAAAUAGCAUUUGAUGCGGAAGUUACACCUGAAAUGAUUGAAACAUUUCGUAAGAUAUUAAGUAAAGCCCGUCAUCCUAUUGAUGAAUUUGAACACUUUGCAUUUCAAUCGUAUGGCACAAUUUUACACGGCGCGGCUCCUCUGAAAGCCAAAGAAAAAUACUCCACUUUAAAGGGGUUCGCCAAAAAGACGUUAAUGCGCACUGCCAAAAAAGCGGGCUUUAAGCAAAAAACUUCUGUCAAACGUAAGUUAGUUGCGUCUGGAUUGGACUUUGAUGCUAUGGUAGCGUCGGCUGACGCUUUAGAAACACAUUCCCUUAAUGAUGAAUUGGAAGAUGAUGAAUUUGAGACGAAUGCGGAAACGUUGCCGCGUAUAGCCACCGCCAAAGAUGUGGAACGUAUGCGUGAACGUAAUUAUGUGCGAGAUUGGAAGCGUUUAGGUUUAGAAGACGCUCAGAAUGGCUUUCGCAUAACGACUGUUAACUCAAAUUACAGCAUGUGCCGUUCUUAUCCUGCUAUAUUUGUAGCUCCCUUGAAUGUUACUGAUGCCGCUUUAACUCAUUUGGGUCGUUGUUAUAAAGGUCAACGAAUACCGGUGCCCACUUGGCGUCAUUGCAGCGGAGCUUUACUGAUAAGAGGUGCUCUACCUCAUAGUAAAUCCGUUAUAGGUAUACUUAAAAAUUCUGCCGGUUCAAAUGCCGCUUCAAACGAUGUAGCCAAUUACCAUGAGCAGGACAAAUAUUAUAUGGCUUUGAUUGAUACUAUGCCUAAACUUAAUAUCUCGUUGGCUCAGUAUAGUUUGUCAGGCAUUAAUUUGUCCAUGAAUUCACUUUUAUUAAAUACUGCGACCGGGGAAGAGCUGCACUACUUGAAUCGAAAUGAAUUAACGGCAUCAUCCUUAACGCCGGAACUAUCACGCAAACACAAAACGUCCGGCCUCACGGUUCACGAUGGCAAAGCGAAAGGUAGCACUAUAAAGAAUAGCAACACUCCAUCCACCAAUGCGUAUAGAAAAAUGCGAUUAUAUGUUUUAGGUGAAAAAUCGCAGACAAAGUCUAGUAUUAAUGCCGAUUUAGGAGCAGAAUUUAUUCCUGUCGAUUACCCCGACAAUCGGCACUCACGUAUGGCAUUUAAGAAACUAAUGAGGGCCUGCUUACCAUCGAACGCGACUAAUGAAACCGAUCAAACAUUUGCUAAGGCUAUUGAACAAUCGGACUGGUUGCAACAAAUCUCAUCAAUUUUGCAAUUGUCCGGAGCUGUAGUAGAUUUAAUUGAUUUACAAGAGGCCAGUGUAAUGUUAUCAUUAGAGGAUGGUUCAGAUAUUACAGCUCAGAUAUCAGCUUUAGCGCAGUUGUGUUUAGAUCCGCAUUAUCGCACUAUGGAGGGCUUUCGCGUUCUGAUCGAAAAGGAAUGGAUAGCAUUUGGUCAUCGCUUCGCACAUCGUAGUAAUCUCAAGCCGGCUCAUGCCAGUUCUAAUUUAGCAUUUGCUCCAACCUUUUUGCAGUUCCUCGAUGCCGUCUAUCAAAUACACAAACAAUUUCCUAUGGCAUUUGAAUUCAACGAAUUCUAUAUACGCUUUUUGGCCUAUCAUACAGUAUCGUGUCGUUUUCGUACAUUUCUCUUUGACUGCGAAGUUGAACGUUUCGAUUUGGGAAUAGCUUCUGUAGAGGAUAAAAGAGGUUCUUUAAGCGCCAAACAUUUUUUGGGUAAUACCGGUUCAGAUGACGAAAAUAAUGUGUAUCCUGUUGAUAUACGCAACAAGACUUUGGUUAAUUUCAAUCGAAUAGGUCAUUCGAUAUUUGACUAUAUAGAGCGGCAGCACAGUAAGUCGCCGAUAUUUUAUAAUUUCAUAUAUUGUCAGCAGGAUGACGUUUUAAGGCCGCAAAGCUGUGUAGCCGCCUUAGAUCUUUGGCCUUAUUACACUAAUGAGGAAUUAGCCCAAGGUCCUCCGUACGAUCUCGAAGUAACCAAUGCCGACGAUGAACUCGACUUAUCCGAAUUAAAGGGCAAACGCAUAGUGAUUAGUGCUGGCUACGAUAAUAUUGAAAAAUCGAAUCCAAAUGCGUUCAUUUGCCUGCUGAGUGAAGUGAAGCAAGCUGAAACGGAGCGCGGUCAUUUGCCGCCAAAAUGGCAGCAAAUAUGGGCCAGUCUAGAGGUACCGAAAACUAUUCGUCUCGAGCGUAAAUCUUCGCUAAGCAGCAUUUUCUAUCAUGGAAAAUUGCAACAUAAACGUUCCACAUUGGAAAUUAUAAUGAAGGGACGAUUAACUGGCUAUCAAGAUAAAUUUUUUCAUCCUCAUCGAUUUGAGAAGCAUCCUUACACAACACCCACCAAUUGCAAUCACUGUACAAAGCUGCUAUGGGGUCCGGUCGGUUAUCGUUGCAUGGACUGCGGUAAUUCGUAUCACGAAAAAUGUACUGAACUGUCAUUGAAAAAUUGUACGAAAUAUAAGGCUGUAGAAGGUGUGGCGCCGCCCAACGUCAAUAUAUCACAAGGUGAUACCUCAAGUAUAGCUUCUAGCGCGGCAACAACAGCCCGCACAUCCAGUCAUCAUUUUUACAAUCAAUUCAGUAGUAAUGUGGCCGAGAAUCGCACCCAUGAGGGGCAUUUGUAUAAACGCGGUGCAUUAUUGAAAAACUGGAAACAGCGUUGGUUUGUAUUGGAUUCCAUUAAACAUCAGCUGCGUUAUUAUGAUUCCGUGGAAGAUUCCACUUGUAAGGGCAUUAUAGAUUUGGCUGAAGUGCAGUCCGUCACGGCUGCGCAACCCACGCAAAUUGGCACAAAACGUGUAGAUGAAAAGGGAUUCUUCGAUUUGAAGACUUGUCGUCGCACUUACAAUCUCUAUGCCAUGAACGCAAAUCUGGCACAAGAAUGGAUAGAAAAAAUUCAAGCCUGCUUGCAAUAAAUGGAUUUAAGAAUCAAAUGUUUUUUUUUGUUUUUUUUUUUUUUUGUUGGAUUUUUUUCAACAAUCAAUUAAAAAAUUAAAUGCUAUGCGAAAUCAUAUCUGGUAUAAAAUGCUACAACCGCAGUAUCAUAAUCUUUUGUAAAAUUAUUUGUGUGUAUACGUCUGCCUGUAUGUGUGUAUAUGUAAUCUAUAUAAAUGUAACGAAGCAUUUCAAUUGCAAUAUGCAAAUCUUGUUUUUAUAUAUCUGUAUUUAUACUUACAAAAAACCAGUAUAUUAUAAUAUUUGUUUUUCGGUUUUUUUUAUUUAAUGUU